CUGUUGAGAACAUAUAAAAACUCGUUACUAGCUUUCAUCAUAGAUUAUUCAAUAAGGUAUCUGACAAUAUGACCAAGGCAACACAAUCUUGUAUAUCAUUUUGGCUUCUGUGUGUGUUAUUAAUAACUGGGAUCAACACUAGAAUAAUAAAAUCUGUGAAAGGAAAAAGCAUUAAACUUCCAGACACGCGUUUUAAACCUGAAGGACAACAGGAGUCCAUUGUUGACUUCAUAAAACCAUCAUCUUCCCAAAAUGGAAAAUUAGAUCUAGCAUUCAUAAUGGACACAACAGGCAGUAUGAGUUCGUAUAUAAAUAGUGCAAAGCAGAACAUCAGAGAAAUUGUAGAGGAAAUAGUUACUUCAUCCGGCAGUGAUGUACGAUUAGCAUUGAUAGAAUAUAGAGACCAUUCACCUGAAGAUAGGACUUUUGUCACCCGAAAAAAUGACUUUACGUCUUCUGUAUCUACUAUGAAAUCAUGGUUAAAUACUGCACGUGCUAGAGGAGGAGGUGAUGGACCGGAAGCCGUUGCAGACGCUAUGUUUGAAACAACUAGAUUGUCAUGGCGACAGGAUGCAACUAAAAUAAGUGUCUUGAUAUCUGAUGCCCCUCCUCAUGGACUUGUGCCGUCUGAAGACACGUCGUUUCCACAGGGAUCUCCAAAUGGUCACGAUCCUAUGCAAAUAGCUCGUGACUUGGCUCAGAAGGGUGUUACUUUAUAUGUUAUUGGCGUGGAGCCUCCAAUUGUUCCAUACAAGGAUUUUUUCAUGGCUUUAGCUUAUCUCACAGGAGGUCAAUAUGUCCCAUUAUCAGUACCUCGUCUUUUAGUUAAUGCUAUAACAGGGGGAGCUCAGGAAGAACUGUCUUUACGGAAGUUUCAAGCAGACGUGCAACGAGAAAUUAAACAAGCUUCUGCAGCGGCCGGGUCAGGCACGUCAAUAGAUAGACAGAAAAUUGCACAAACUGUAUUCCGAAAGCUCAAGAAAUCAGGUGCAAAAUCUACACAACUGGUUAAGAACAACAAAACUCUAGAUGGACCUUCUGCUGAUGCUAAAUUAUUAGCAUCGAAAAAAUCAAUGGCAGAAGUAAGAAAAAUAUUCAAAAAAGGAAAUACUCCGAGAACAUCAUUUUCAUUUUCACCACGUAAAAGAUUGGGUAGGUUGAUGCCAGAUUUCGCAACGAAGGGUGGGUUCCGUAGAAGCGGAGGAGGAAGUGCACGGCGAAUGUCAAGUUCGUUUUCCAAAAUCGGACUAUCUAAAGCUAGUAGUCCGAGUUCAAGUGUUAGUGACAAACUUUCAACAAAAGAAUCUGGAAUAACCUUGGAACAAAUUAACAGACUAGUUCAAAAAGAGACUGCAAGAUUACCUAGUGUUUGAGAUUUUAUCAGCAUGACAUUGUGUAUUUGUGAUAGACUAAUUAUAUGGGUGAGCAAAAUAAUGAACCAAAGAAUCUAGACUUUUCUUGAUGAAUUAACUGACUUAUUGUGUAUGUUUAUAUGAGUGACUGUUUUCUCAUUUACAUUUAUUGAAUCAUUAAAAACUAUCAUAUACAA